ACUUAUCGCUGUGCAGACAGGCCUCGGUUCAUUUUGCUCAUAACUACCUACCAUUCGAAACCAUUCAUUUCAUUCCAUUCCAUUUCCACGGAACGUAACGCAAGGUAGCCAGGCUAAUGAUUUGAAAACGGUCGUGAGUUUAUACAUACCUUACGCUAAUCUAAUGACCCACUUACUCCGAUCUAGGUAGCUAGCUACCUAGGUAGGUACCUAUAUACGGCUGGUAUAAUCGCCCAUAGCCCAGGUUUGUAGAGUGGGCUGCCCACAAACUAAGAGUCAUAGCUGUUGGAGAUGAUGGCGGGGAUAUCACUAUCACUUUCAACUAGGUACCUAAUUAUCAUUCAUCCACCGUUGACCGAUCGAUGCCUUACAGGUAUCAAAUGGAUGACUUAGCACGGGCUGUAUCGUUCGAAACGGAAGCCCCGCACUCUCCUCGCUCUCCCAUCUUCGACACUUUUCUGCAUCCACGUACUAACCAGACGAUCUCGAAUCUCGAUGCAGUGUAAGCAAAUCUCAUAGCAUCUUGUUGGCUCGCCUCGACUACAUAAUAAGUACCUGAAAUAUGCCCUGUAAUAUUCAAGUGAAGUUGGCAAUAUGCCAAACAGCAGCAGUAUAUUCAUUGACAAAUACUUAUGCAUAAAGCAAAUAGAUUUCGCCAUUUAUUGGAACGUUAGCUAAUAUGGAUCAGUAAAUUGUACUCUUUGGUUCUUCUAGCAACUCACUUACCCUAGUCCCCCGCGUCAAUCUAUCUCCUUCUCAUAUAUUUACCUCAAGUCAACGCAUAACGCUCAACUUGGAUUGAAAAUCGAUCAUAAGAUGUCAGCUACCGUCGAAACUCUGCCCAAAAUCGGACUACUGUCCAUUGGCGAUAUGGGAGUUGGCAUUGCAAAGCUACUAGUUGCCAACGGUUUCACUGUUGCAACCAAUAUCUCUGGCAGAAGGUGAUUGAUGAAUCAAGCAAGGAGGAUGAAAUGCCUGCUAAAGAUCCGUCCAGCAAAGAUACCAUCGAACGAGCGCGUGACGCAGAAGUUGAGCUCCUCAAGUCUGAUGUUGAUCUGGUCAGACAGAGUUCCGUUAUACUCUCCAUUGUGCCACCUAAAGACGCAGGGGCAACAGCCACUCGUAUUACAGAUGCGUUAGCAGGCUUAGACACUACAAGAGAGCUUUACUUUGUCGAUCUCAAUGCUGUUGCGCCCUCGACGGUCAAGGCCAUUGCGGCAUCUGUUAAGAGAUCAAAUCUGCCGAUACGAUUCGUUGACGGGAGCAUUCUUGGGCACCCCCCCAAGAAGACACCUGCAAAUGCCGCAACCGAAUCAUCAAGCAGUGACGAUUCUUCUGACUGGUACCGUCCUAGUAUUCCUAUAUCAGGCUCAGAUGGUUUUGGCUCGCUCCCCUUUGGAAAGAAACUGGUGUCUGUUCUCAACAUGAAGCAAAUCUCUCCUGAAAUCGGCGCUGCAAGUGGCCUCAAAAUGUGCUUUGCUUCCCUUUCAAAGGGAUUUACCGCCAUUGCCACUCAAUCAUUCACGACGGCACAUAAUCUUGGCAUCUUGGACGCUCUUAAAGAUGAGAUCGGUACAUUUUAUCCAGCCACGCUUGCCAACGCUGAAAAGAGCGUCCCCGGCAUGCCACCCAAGGCGUAUCGCUGGGUGCGAGAGAUGGAGGAGAUCGCCCUCACUUUCAAUGAGGAAGCCGGCUGGGAUACAAAGAUGUUCAUGGGUGCCGCGAGUGUCUAUAAGGAUAUUGCGGAGAAUGAAGUACUUGGAAACGAGAAGAUAGGCAAGAGGAAGAGGGGAACAACGCUCGAUGAUGUCGCCAAGGCGGCAGCGGAAGGAUUACACAAGAAGCAAAGACCACAUUAAACAAACGCAGCUAGAAUACUACUCACAUAGGUACACAUAUAGCCAUUUCCAGUCGUUAGGAGGGGUACUUGUACAUUCUUAUUACACAUACCACAACCACCAAUGAGGACCAUCAGCUCCGUGCUGACCUAUACAACAUAUAUCCGAGAGUUAGGCACGUUGAGUUUCCAGUCGUUGUUGAACCCAGGUUUCGAAAACAUGGAGGCAUCGGACGAGGUUACAAAGAUACCCACGUUGGAGAGAGCGCCGAAAUGAUUUUCCAACAAGCGUGCCUCGGGUUGAGAAGGAUUCACAUCAGUUUCGACCUCGAGCUUGCUGGAUGUUCCAAACACCACACCAGUUUGUUUAUUUCCGACUGGCUCUCCAGCAGAAGCAUUCGUUGAUGCAAAGAACUGGAUUUUGGAACUCACAGGGACAAAGUUGCCCCCUUCCAUAGCUUGAAUGAACCUUUGCAUCUCCUCUUCUUCAGAUACAACAAAGUGAGUUUGCUCGGGGUCAAGCGACAGCAAACCCUUCUUUGACCCCCAACCACCGCCACCACUCACUGAAAGCUGUUAAAAGACGAAAUCGGGCACAUGGGGCUGGCAGUUUUGCUUACAAACUUGCUGUUAGCUCCGUGAUGCUUUGGCCAUCGGCGAAUGUUGCCUCGGGAUCCGGAUUGACAUAGGGCGAGCUGCCCGCCGACUGAACAAAAGUUGGAGGUGUGAUCAUUGCCCAAAUACCCAUAGGAGACUGAACCAAGUCCGAUUUGCUGGCAUGGAGGUCGUCCACAGCUGGUUCGAGCUCAGUCGAUGCUGGAACUGACUCGUCUUCAAUGUCGACUCGCCGUACAAUAUUACCAAAGCUCUCGGUUACCACACGGGGUUGAGUCAAAGGCACGAGGGGGGCCCAGAUACCAAGGUCGUUGAUUGACGAGAGCCUUUUCUGAACAGGAAUGGCUACUUUCUGCAAAUGCUUUUUGUCAGUUUGCUCAAUAAGCUUCGGAGAGCCAGUCGAAAAGUCGUAACGGCUAAUAAUAAGUGUCGAGGUUCUGUGGUUCUGAAAAGUGGUGUUGGUAAGAGGGAUAGUGAUAUGCGGGCUGCCAAGAUCCAUCGUUAGAGCUGACACCUUCCCACCGUCCGACCAUUCCUUUGGGGGCGCCUCUGUCCAUAGUCCCGGUAGGAUACCGUCGAGGUUACCACGGAGGACAGAUAUGCCUUGGAUGGGUUUGUUGUUCGGCACUGGCGGGGCGAUGUGGUCAACAACAGCGCUCAGAGUAUGGAACUCGCCAGUCUCCUCAGAACCUGACAGCAUAUCUACAAACUCAGACAUGAAUACAUUUUUGCCUAGCCAUUGCGCAUACUGUGGAGUUACCAGUAUAACUGCUGCAUCGUGGCGGCUAGGAUUGGUAAUGUUUAUCUGAGAUCUGACGGCUUGUAAUAGCCUUGAGGGAUCCUUUGGAGGGUCAGCAAAGUCGACAAUUCUUCUUGUCAAAGAGCUCACUUUGAUCUUCGGACUCAGCUCAACAGUGAAGUAAUCUGAUUGCUUACUUGUUGAGUAGGAUCUCCUAGUUGUGGUCGAAAUGCAAUUGUAGAGGCGGCUUCUAGGAGCUCUCAGUGCUAGCCGCAAGGCCAUUGGGACAGAAUUCAAAGAUCUGUUACACCAAGUACGUCGGGUUAGAGUAGAUUCUUUAACAUUGGCCUUUGGAGUAAUUUCGUCUCAAAUUAUUGCAUAUCUAGGGAGGCACCCAACUUGGUAGUCUAAGACGACAUCAAGCUCAGGCACUUGACUUUGUUGGCUGAGUUGAGCGCUUGUGGCUAGUGAGCUGCUGCGCCACAUUUACGAAACAUGGUGGUCCGAUAUCGUUGGUGUAAGAAAAGAGUCAUCGAAUGAAGAUGAUUACAAUCAAUUGACAUGUCACAUGAGAUAAGCUGCGUUCGGAUCAUCUCUAAUAACUUGACUUGAUUUGUUUUGAUGUGAC